AUGCUGAGAGGCUACCGCGAUUGGACUGCAGACGAUCAUAGACUUUGGGACAGGUUGCAAAAUUUGCAGGAAAAGUAUCUGAAAGAACGUCGGGGAUAUUGGUGGGAUUCCGCGCAAGAGAAAGACUUCGCCGACGAGGUACAUUCUGGUUCGGAUUCCGAAGAGGUUGACUAUGAAGAGACGUCAAGCGAUGCUUCGGAGGAAGAUUUGAAACUGCCCGAUGCCGAAGACGAAGUCACGUUGUCCGAGGAUACGCAAGCGAUAUUGUAG